AGCGGGGAGCAGAUGGCCGGCCGGACAGGCGCGCGCACUCGGCGGCCGGCGAGGCGGGAGCGCGCCCUGGGGGCGGGCACUGAAGCUCCGGCCUGCGGUUCACCGGGUCCUAGGGCACCGGGCGCUCGGGCCUCGGCCAUGGCUCACAGGCCGAAAAGGACUUUUCGGCAGCGCGCGGCCGAUUCCAGCGACAGCGAUGGCGCCGAGGAGUCGCCCGCUGAGCCUGGGGCGCCGAGGGAACUUCCGGUCUCGGGUUCUGCGGAGGAAGGGCCGCCCUCCGGAGAAGGCCGCGCGCAGGUGGCGGGACGGCCCCACCGGGUUCGGGGCCCUCGUGGCCGGGGCCGGGUCUGGGCGAGCUCCCGGCGCGCCACGAAAGCGGCUCCCCGCGCGGACGAAGGCUCAGAAUCCAGAACCCUUGAUGUGUCCACAGAUGAAGAGGAUGAAAUACAUCACUCCUCAGAAAGUAAGGAUGAUCAGGGUUUGUCUUCUGACAGCUCUAGCUCUCUUGGAGGAAAAGAACUUUCAUCAACAGUUAAGAUCCCAGAUGCAGCUUUUAUUCAGGCAGCCCGCAGAAAACGUGAAUUGGCCAGGGCCCAAGAUGACUAUAUUUCUUUGGAUGUAGAACAUACCUCCUCCAUCUCUGGUAUGAAGAGAGAGAGUGAAGAUGACCCUGAGAGUGAGCCUGAUGACCAUGAGAAGAGAAUACCAUUUACUCUAAGACCUCAAACACUUAGACAAAGGAUGGCUGAGGAAUCCAUAAGCAGAAAUGAAGAAACAAGUGAAGAAAGUCAGGAAGAUGAAAAGCAAGAUACUUGGGAACAACAGCAAAUGAGGAAAGCAGUUAAAAUCAUAAAGGAAAGAGACAUAGAUCUUUCCCAUGGCAGUGGAUCUUCAAAAGUGAAGAAAUUUGAUACUUCCAUUUCAUUUCCACCGGUAAAUUUAGAAAUUAUAAAGAAGCAAUUAAAUACUAGAUUAACAUUACUACAGGAAACUCACCGCUCACACCUGAGGGAGUAUGAAAAAUAUGUACAAGAUGUCAAAAGCUCAAAGAGUACCAUCCAGAACCUAGAGAGUUCAUCAAAUCAAGCUCUAAAUUGUAAAUUCUAUAAAAGCAUGAAAAUUUAUGUGGAAAAUUUAAUUGACUGCCUUAAUGAAAAGAUUAUCAACAUCCAAGAAAUAGAAUCAUCCAUGCAUGCACUCCUUUUAAAACAAGCUAUGACCUUUAUGAAACGCAGGCAAGAUGAAUUAAAACAUGAAUCAACGUAUUUACAACAGUUAUCACGCAAAGAUGAGACAUCCACAAGUGGAAACUUCGCAGUAGAUGAAAAAACUCAGUGGAUUUUAGAAGAGAUUGAAUCUCGAAGGACAAAAAGAAGACAAGCAAGGGUGCUUUCUGAGAAUUGUAACCAUCAGGAAGGGACAUCUAGUGAUGAUGAACUGCCUUCAGCAGAGAUGAUUGACUUCCAAAAAAGCCAAGGUGACAUUUUACAGAAACAGAAGAAAGUUUUUGAAGAUGUGCAUGAUGAUUUUUGUAAUAUCCAGAAUAUUUUGUUGAAAUUUCAGCAAUGGCGAGAAAAGUUUCCUGACUCCUAUUAUGAAGCUUUCAUUAGUUUAUGCAUACCAAAGCUUUUAAAUCCCCUAAUACGAGUUCAGUUGAUUGAUUGGAAUCCUCUUAAGUUGGAUUCCACAGGUUUAAAAGAGAUGCCAUGGUUCAAAUCUGUGGAAGAAUUUAUGGAUAGCAAUGUAGAAGAUUCAAAGAAGGAAAGUAGUUCAGAUAAAAAAAUCUUGUCUACGAUCAUCAACAAAACAAUUAUUCCCCGACUUACAGAAACAUUGUCUUUACUUGGCUACCAAAAUACCACAGUCUUAGUUUCCUGCCCACCUCUCUGGUCUUUGCUGUCUGCUUGUCACCUCUUUGACUUCCAAGUGCUGCAGUAUCUCCAGAUUCAGGUCACUUACCAUCUCUUUUCUAUUUACUUCAGUCACUUAGUAUUUAAAGUCAGUUUAGUGUUUGUGGCAUUCCUGCUGCUUUUAUGACACUUCAGUCAUUUUUUAGCACACUUCCAUCCAUACUACAUGUGUCCUUUUUUCCCCUUAACUUUUCUAAUUAUGGUUCUUAUCCUUUUCUUUAAAAAACAUUGCUUCAUCUGGGAGUGGUGGCUCACGCCUGUAAUCUCGGCACUUUGGGAGGCCAAGGCGGGUAGAUCACCUGAGGUCAGGAGUUCGAGACCAGCCUGGCCAACAUGGCGAAACCUCGUCUCUACUAAAAAUACAAAAAAUUAGCUGGGCAUGGUGGCAGGCACCUGUAAUCCCAGCUGCUCAGGAGGCUGAGGCAGGAGAAUUGCUUAAAUCCGGGAGGCAAAGGUUGCAGUGAGCCGAGAUGGUGCCAUUGCACUCCAGCCUGGGUGACAAGUGAAACUCCGUCUCAAAAAAAAAAAAAUUGCUUCAUUUCACUCACAUUUGCCACUAGCAGCUAUGAGCACUUAACAUUAAUGCUUGUGCUUCAGACCUUAGCGUGAAGUCUUUUGUUUUACCUGUGUACUUGAUAAGGAUCCAUUUCACUAUGUCACUGAGAAAGAAAUUUUACAGCAAAGACCGCAAAACUCUUAUUUAAUUUUUUGUGUUUGUUUUUGAGACAGAGCCUUCCUCUGUCACCCAGACUGGAGUACAGUGGUGUGAACAUUGCUCAAGGCAGUCUUGAAUUCCUGGGGUCAAGUGAUCCUCCUGCCUCAGCCUCACAAUUAGCUAGGACUCCAGGCGCAUGCCACCACACCCAGCUAAUUUUUAAAAGAUAUUUUUAGAGACAAGGUCUUGCUGUGUUGCCCAGGCUAGUCUCAAACUCCUGGCCUCAAGAGACCCUUCCCCUCAGCUUCCCAAAGCACUGAGAUUAUAGGCGUGAGUCACCAUGCCCAGCCUAGAAGUUGGAAGCAAUUAGCCUUAUAAUUGCUUCUUAGGCAACUUGAUUAUAAGAUUUUGGCUGGGUGCAGUUGCUUGUGCCUGUAAUCCCAGCACUUUGCAAGGCCGAGGCGGGAGGAUCACUUGAGCACAGGAGUUCCAGACCAGCCUGGGCAACAUGGUGAAACCCCAUCUCUAUUUAUAAAUUUAAAAUUAAAAAAACAAAUAAAAACUUUCAAGAUUUUAUUUCAAUGAAACGUAUGGUGCAUUUGUGGGGUGUAUUAGAAAGUUACUAUUUUUAACUAGCUCUACUAAUGAUAGAAUGCAUGUGCCUAAUUUAAGCACUCUGCUGAAAAUAUCAAAAUACUAAUGAUGAAACAGUCCCACAAAUAAGUAGCUUUGUGAAAAAUUAACAGUGACUGAGUUCCAAUAGUGGUUGAAUUCUACAUAUAUUUCAAAGAUAGCACUAACAGAAUGUGCUAAUGGAUUGGUUGUGCAGCAAGAGAGAAAGAGAGGAAUCAAGAAUGGGUCCAUUCAGGAAUUGGCCUGAGCAACUAGAAGGACAGAGGUGCCAUUUCCUGAAAUGAAAAAGUCUGACAGGAGCAAGCUUAAUGUGGGGGGCUGUAUUAGCAGCUCAGUUUGGGACAUGUUGAGUUUGAAGUAUCUGUAAUCUAAGUGGAAAUGACAAGUCAGUUGUUGAAUACAUGAGUCUUAAAGGGGGAGGUCCAGUCAGAAGGUAUAAGUUUGGAAUUUAUCCACAUGACAUUUAUUGAUGGCAUUUAAUGUAUAAAAUUGGCUUUGAAUACCAAGUGAGUGAAUAUAAACAGAAAAGAGAAGGUAAGUAACCUGAAUCCUGAGAUACUAUAGCACUUGGAAGUCAAAGAGAUGACAAGCAGACAGCAAAGACCAGAGAGAUGGGCAGAUAACUAAGAGUGGGGUAUUUUGGAAGCCAAGUAAAGACAGUGUUUCUAGGAAGAAAGAAGGGUCAGCUGUUGGAAUAGUUGAUAAGUCAGAUGAGGAUUAGAAUCAAUCAUUGGAGUUUGCUAUGUGAAUGUCUUCUGUGAUUUGCUAAGAGCGCAUUAGGUAGACUGAUAAGAGAUAAGGCCUAAUUAAAGGGAAAUCAAGAACAAGUGAGAAGAGAGAAACUGGAGAUAGAAGUUUAGAUAGUACUUUGAGGAAUUUUGUUGUAAAAGAUAGGAGGGAAAUGGAACAAUACUAGAGGAGGAAGUAGGGCUAAGGGGGAUUUUUUGUUUGUUUGUUUAUUAUUAUACUUUAAGUUCUGGGGUACAUGUGCAGAAUGUGCAGGUGUGUUACAUAGGUGUACACGUGCCAUAGUGUUUGCUGCACUCAUCAACUUGUCAUCUACAUUAGGUAUUUCUCCUAAUGCUGUCUCACCCCUAGUCCCCCGACCCCUGACAGGCCCUGGUGUGUGAUGUUCCCCUCCCUGCCCAUGUGUUCUCAUUGUUCAACUCCCACUUAUGAGUGAGAACAUGUGGUGUUUGCUUUUGUGUUCUUGUGUUAGUUUGCUGAGAAUGAUGGUUUCCAGCUUCAUCCAUGUCCCUGCAAAGGACAUAAACUCAUCCUGUUUUAUGGCUGCAUAGUAUUCCAUGGUAUAUAUGUGCUACAUUUUCUUUAUCCAGUCUGUCAUUGAUGGGCAUUUGGGUUGGUUCCAAGUCUUCGUUAUUGUGAAUAGUGCCGCAAUAAACAUACGUGUGCAUGUGUCAUUAUAGCAGCAUAAUUUAUAAUCCUUUGGGUAUAUACCCAGUAAUGGGAUGGCUGGGUCAAAUGGUAUUUCUAGUUCUAGAUCCUUGAGGAAUCGCCACACUGUCUUCCACAAUGGUUGAACUAGUUUACAGUCCCACCAACAGUGUAAAAGUGUUCCUAUUUCUCCACAUCCUCUCUUUGAAUUGUGAUGUUAGGAUGUCGAUUUUAGAUCUUUCCUGCUUUCUGUUGUGGGCAUUUAGUGCUAUAAAUUUCGCUCUACACACUGCUUUAAAUGUGUCCUAGAGAUUCUGGUACGUUGUGUCUUUGUCUCAUUGGUUUCAAAGAACAUCUUUACUUCUGCCUUCAUUUCGUUAUUUACCCAGUAGUCAUUCAGGAGCAGGUUGUUCAGUUUCCAUGUAGUUGUGCGAUUUUGAGUGAGUUUGUUAAUCUUGAGUUCUAAUUUGAUUGUACUGUGGUCUGAGAGACUGUUAUGAUUUCCGUUCUUUUGCAUUUGCUGAGGAGUGUUUUACUUCCAAUUAUGUGGUCAGUUUUAGAAUAAGUAUGAUGUGGUGCUGAGAAAAAUGUAUAUUCUAUCAAUUUGGGGUGGAGAGUUCUGUAGAUGUCUAUUAGGUCUGCUUGGUCCAGAGCUGAGUUCAAUUCCUGGAUAUCUUUGUUAAUUUUCUGUCUCGUUGAUCUGUCUAAUAUUGACAGUGGGAUGUUAAAGUCUCCCACUAUUAUUGUGUGGGAGUCUAAGUCUGUUUGUAGGUCUCUAAGAACUUGCUUUAUGAAUCUGAUCUGAGUGCUCCUGUAUUGGGUGCAUAUUUAUUUACGGUAGUUAGCUCUUAUUGUUGCAUUGAUCCCUUCACCAUUAUGUAAUACCCUUCUUUGUCUCUUUUGAUCUUUGUUGGUUUAAAGUCUGUUUUAUCAAAGACUAGGACUGCACCCUGCCUUUUUUUUUUUUUUUUUUGCUUUCCAUUUACUUGGUAAAUAUUCUGCCAUCCCUUUAUUUUGAGCCUAUGUGCAUCUCUGUACAUGAGAUGGGUCUCCUGAAUCCAGCACACUGAUGGGUCUUGACUCUAUUCAAUUUGCCAGUCUGUGUCUUUUAAUUGGGGCUUUUAGCCCAUUUACUUUUAAAGUUAAUAUUGUUAUGUGUGAAUUUGAUCCUGUCAUUAUGAUGCUAGCUGGUCAUUUUGCUCAUUAGUUGAUGCAGUUGCUUCAUAGCAUUGCUGGUCUUUACAAUUUGGUAUGUUUUUGCAGUGUCUGGUACCGAUUGUUCCUUUCCAUGUUUAGUGCUUCGUUCAGGAGCUCUUGUAAGGCAGGCCUGGUGGUGACAAAAUCUCUCAGCAUUUGCUUGUCUGUAAAGGAUUUUAUUUUUCCUUUGCUUAUGAAGCUUAGUUUGGCUGGAUAUGAAAUUCUGGAUUGAAAAUUCAUUUCUUUAAGAAUGCUGAAUAUUGGCCCCCAGUCUUUUGUAGCUUGUAGGGUGUCUGUAGAGAGAACCACUAUUAGUCUGAUGGGCUUCCAUUUGUGGGUAACCAGACCUUUCUUUCUGGCUGCCCUUAACUUUUUUUCCUUCAUUUCAGCCUUGGUGAAUCUGACAAUUAUGUGUCUUGUUGCUCUUCUCGAGGAGUUGCUCUUCUCGAGGAGUAUCUUUGUGGUGGUCUCUGUAUUUCCUGAAUUUGAAUGUUGGCCUGCCUUGCUAGGUUGGGGAAGUUCUUCUGGAUAAUAUCCUGCAGAGUGUUUUCCAACUUGGUUCCAUUCUCCCCAUCACUUUCAGGUACACCAGUCAAACAUAGAUUUGGUCUUUUCACAUAGUCCCAUAUUUCUCGGAGGCUUUGUAUGUUUCUUUUCACUAUUUUUCCUCUAAACUUGUCUUCUUGCUUUAUUUCAUUGAGGUGAACUUCAAUCUCUGAUAUCCUUUCUUCCGCUUGAUCGAUUAAGCUAUUGAUACCUGUGUAUGCUUCACAAUGUUCUCAUGCAGUGUUUUUCAGCUUCGUCAGGUCGUUUGUAUUCUUCUCUAAACUGGUUGUUUUAGUUAGCAAUACCUCUAACCUUUUUUCGAAGUUCUUAGCUUCCUUCCAUUGGGUUAGAACAUGCUCCUUUAGCUCAGAGGAGUUUGUUAUUAUCUACCUUCUGAAGCCUACUUCUGUCAAUUCGUCAAACUCAUUCUCUGUCCAGUUUUGUUCCCUUGCUGGUGAUGAGUUGUGAUUCUUUGAAGAAGAACGGGCAUUCUGGUUUUUGGAAUUUUCAGACUUUUUGCGCUGGUUUCUCCCCAUCUUUGUGGAUUUAUCUACCUUUGGUCUUUGAUGUUGGUGACCUUCAGAUGGGGUCUCUUAGUGUACAUCCUUUUUGUUGAUGCUGAUACUAUUCCUUUCUGUUUGUUAGUUUUGCUUCUAACAGUCAGGCCCCUCAGCUGCAGGUCUGCUGGAGUUUGCUGGAGGUCCACUCCAGACCCCGUUUGCCUGGGUAUCACCAGCGGAGGCUGCAGAACAGCAAAGAUUGCUGCCUGUUCCUUCCUCUGGAAGCUUCAUCCCAGAGGGGCACCCACCAGAUGCCAGCCAGAGCUGUCCUCUAUGAGCUCUCUGUCAGCCCCUACUGGGAGGUGUCUCCCAGACAGGAUACACGGGGGUCAGGGACCCACUUGAGGAGGCAGUCUGUCCCUUAGCAGAGUUCGAACACUGUUCUGGUAGAACCACUGCUCUCUUCAGAACUGUUAGGCAAGGACGUUUAAGUCUGCUGAAGCUGCGCCCACAGCCACCCCUUUCCCCAGGUGCUCUAUCCAUGGAAGAUGAGGGUUUUAUCUCUGAGUCCCUGACUGGGGCUGCUGGCUUUUUUCAGAGAUGCCCUGCCCAGAGAAGAAGAGUCUAGAGAGGCAGUCUGGCCACAGCGGCCUUGCUGAGCUGCGGUGGGCCCUGCCCAGGUUGAACUUCCCGGUGGCUUUGUUUACACCGUGAGGCAUAAACCAGCUACUGAAGCCUCAGCAAUGGCAGACACCCCUCCCCCCACCAAGCUGGAGCAUCCCAGGUUGGGCUCAGACUGCUGUGCCGGCAGUGAGAAUUUCAAGUCAGUGGAUCUUAGCUUGCUGGGCUCCAUGGGGGUGGGACCCGCCAAGCCAGACCACUUGGCUCCUUGUCUUCAGCCCCUUUUCCAGGGUAGUGAAUGGUUCUGUUUCUCUGGCAUUCCAGGUGCCACUGGGGUAUGAAAAAUAAAAAUUAAAAAAAAAUGCCUGCAGCUAGUUUGGUGUCUGUCCAAACAGCCACCCAGUUUUGUGCGUGAAACCCAGAGUCCUGGUGGGGUAGGCACUGGAGGGAAUCUCCUGGUCUGCCGGUUGCAAAGACUGUGGGAAAAAUGCAGUAUCUGGGCUGGAGUGCACUGUUCCUCCUGGCACAGUUUCUCAUAGCAUCCCUUAGAUAGGGGAGAGAAUUCCCCAACCCCUUGCGCUUCCCAGGUGAGGCAACACCCCACCUUGCUUUGGCUCACCCUCUGUGGGCUGCACCCACUGUCCAGCCAGUCCCAAUGAGAUGAACUGGGUACCUCAGUUGGAAAUGCAGAAAUCACCUGACUUCUACGUCCAUCUCGCUGGGAGCUGCAGACUGGAGCUGUUCCUAUUUGGCCAUCUUGGCAGCCUCCUUACACUGAAGGGGAUUAUUUUUAAUACAAGAUAAAUAGUUGUUUGUAGGGUAAUGGAAAAAAUCUAGUACAAGUGAUGUCAAUACCAAAGUGGAAGGACAGUGUUCUGAGAGCAGGAUCUUAGACUAAGCCAAAAGGCUUGGGAUCUCAUCCACAAAAUAAACAGUUCACCUGAAGUGGUGGGAGUGUGGGUGCCUCAUCCAUAGGAAUAGGAAACAAGUUAGAGCAUAUGGGCACAGAUGUAGGUAGGUGUGUAGAUGCUGUGGUAGGAGAUUUGUAGUGCUGCAUUUCUGACUGCUUCUAUUUUCUUAGCAAAUUAGGAAGUAAUUAGCUGAAAGACAAAGCAAGGGAGUAGAAAAAAUAAAGCAGGAAAUAAUCAUCUAGAAGGAAAAAGUCCAUCAACUGAGAGUGAGAUAAUGGAGAGGGGAGAAGGUAUGAAGUAAUCAUCUAGGUGAGAGGGAGAGUGAAUGGACCUGAGAGACAGAGAGAGAGAGAGAGAGGCUCACUCAAGUUGUAUAGUGAUCAAGUUAAUGUGUUUUUUUUUCCAGCCACUUUUUAUCUGCAUGGUUGCAGGCAGAGACUCAGUGACAAGGUGAACUUAACUAUAAAGAGUUGUAGUUUAGCCAAAGGAGUUUAACAAAGCCCAAGAAGAACAAGGAAAUUGAGGAUGUAUGCAAAUAUGUAAUGGUAAUAAUUGGUCAUGGAUCUUAAACUGAAUAAGGAGGAAGUAGUGUUUGUUAAAGGUCUUGAUUAUUUGUAUAUGAAAAGCAAAACAAUCUAGUAAAUAAAUUGUGCACCACUGAAAU